GGGCCGGGGAAAGGGGGCGUGCGGAGGCUGCGCCCCGGCGGGGCCACGCGGGAGGCUGGGGCCCGGGCCGGGCGGAGCCAGCGAGCCAUGGGGGAGGCGGCCAGCCCCGCGCCCGCGCUCUGGGACUGGGACUACCUGGACCGCUGCUUCGCCCGCCACCGCGUCUGCAUCUCCUUCGGCCUGUGGAUCUGCGCCUCCUCCUGCUGGAUCGCCGCCCACGCGCUGCUUCUCUAUCUGAGGUGUACAAAGAAAUCUGGACGGGACCAGUCAGCGCUGUGCGCGGCAUGCUGCCUCCUGACCAGCCUGUGUGACACCAUCGGAGCGAUUCUGGCCAGACAGCUCACGAUCCAGGUUUUCACGGGUGCCUACCUAGCAGCUGUUGACUUGGUGAACUUUGUGUUCAUCCUCUUCCCGGUCUGCGGCUCCAAGUUGAAGUCUAAUUUGGGUCGGGGCUCCCGGGAGAGGAAGAGGAGGCAGCGGCUCAGGGCCAGUGUCUUUGCUCUGGCCCUGCCGCUGAGCCUGGGGCCAGGCUGGGCUCUCUGGGCCGCCGUCCGGAAGGCGUCAGGCCCUGUCCGAGGGCCCCAGCGGAGGCUACUGGAGAGCCUGCUGCAGGACAACACUGAAAUCUUCGGCUACCUGCUGGGUGCCAUCGCUGCCUUCGGCUCCUGGGCUUCCCGAAUCCCCCCGCUCUCCAGAAUCUGCCAGGGUAAGGCAUUUCCCUCCAUCCACCUGUGGACCCGGCUCCUGUCGGCCCUGGCGGGCCUCCUCUAUGCCUCGGCCAUUGUGGCCCAUGACCGGCGGCCUGAGUACCUGCUUCGGGCCACACCCUGGUUCCUGACCUCCCUCGGCCGUGCUGCACUGGACCUCUCUAUCAUUUUCCUUUCCUGGGUGAUGAAGAGCAAGAUGAGACGGGCCUUGGGGUUUACCCCUGAAGCCAGAGAGAGCCCCGACACCCAGGCCCUUUUGACCUGCACAGACAAAGAGGAAGAAAGCCAGGAGGCAAGGUCUCGCCGGUUGGAAAACUGCUGGGCCCACCGGGAAUUCAGACUGGGUGCCUCUCACCACAUUACCACCCUGCAAAUCACUGAGGACAAUGGCAGCCAUCAGUCGCUACAUGGAGCUGACCAUCGAGCCCGUGCAGCAGGCAGGCUGCAGCACCACCCGGCUGCCUGGCGAUGGACAGAUGAACCCUGGAGACGCGAACCUGCAGGAGCCGCCCUCUUACCCUCCCGUUCAGGUCAUCCGGGCCCGCGUGUCUUCCAGCAGCUCCUGCGAAGUCUCCUCCAUCAACUCCGACCUUGAGUGGGACCCUGAAGAUGUAAAUCUUGAAGGGAACAAAGACAACGUGGAGAUGCUCAGAUCCCAGGUGCACAGGUGCUCCAUGGGGCCAGUGGUCUUGACAUCUGAUGAGUAACACCAGGAGCAAGCCCAUCAGCUCAGAGCCCUUAGUCAAGCCUGUGUCAGGAACUGAGCAGGGAUCAACCUGCAGUGACACCCAUGGCGGGAAUUUAAGCUUCCGCAGAGGCCGCCCGUGAAAGUGAAGAACCAGGAGCUGUCACUGAGCUUGGCUGGUCUGCAUCACAGCUCAGAAUGGAGCUAAGACCUUGGGUCCUGUGGACAGACCCAGGCAUGUGGUUUGUUUUGAAGAUCAGAAGUUCACAGACCACUCUUGCUUCAAAGUAGAAACCUUCAUCUAAAGGGCAUUGGACCUGCUCUUCCCUUUCCUUUCAGAUUCAGCCAUACUCUCAAUAUCUGCUAGGUGACAGGAACAUCUAACAAAUAGCUAAUGUGUUUGGAUCUCAGUACAGCCUCAUUCUGCAAGACCUGGCUAAGCCCAGGAGACGAGAGGGGUGGGAACAUGUACUGGAGAUCUGAGACAUGAUCCCUGGUAUUAAUGGGACCUGGCUCCUGCCCUUCCAGUCACCCACUUGGGUUUUCUUCUGGAAGCUAGAGGUAGGACUGCUUGGUCAACCAGAAGUUUAUAAGAUCGGUGGUGUUGUAAGGGCAAGCAAAACAAAUUGCCUUAGAUACCAGCACUUGCUCCAACUUGGCAAGGUGUGUGCUGGGCAGGGUUUGCAGGUGAGGGGGACUGUCUGCUUCAGGAGCUAACAUGAAAGCAUGUGGAGGGUGGGAGGCAUGGUGGGAGGUGUCAAAUUCAAGCACAGCAAUCCCGUUUUAGGAUUAUUUUGAUACUGUGAUCAUGGGAGGGGGAAAAGAGGGAGGGAAUGGGGCCAAGGUGGGAGGAACACUGGAGUGAAUAAAUCCUGAUUGAGUGAGUUGAGGCAUCUCACUGUGUAGUACAGAGAUGUCUGAAUCCCAGCACGGCCACAAAAGCCAGCCACAAGGGGGAACUGGGAGACAUGCCGAGAAACACAGCUCUGCUCCAGGAUGGCCCCUGGCAGCCUGUGUGACUCAGUCACACAGCUGCCCAGUUUCUCCGAAGGAGUAGUGCAGAUCCCAGCACAACGAAGAGAGUGCCUCAGGGAAGCAGAUUGGUUCCAUAGAUCUCUGUGGAGAUACUAAUCCUCUGAGUGCCUUCUAAGCUGGAAGUGAACUCUAUCCCCUUUAUCCAACUGCUUUGAUCCCUGGGUGUCUUGUAAUGGAGUUUGCUAAAGCCAGUUUUGCUUUGUGAUCUUAACCACAGAAGCUGUUCUUUGAGA